GAACAGCAAAGACAGCACAAGACAAGCAUCAACAUAUUUCUCUUCUUGUAGUCAUUUGGGAACACACCCACUUCAGCACAGAGAAUCCCCUUUGAUGACAGGGGGAGGAGAGCAAGAGAGGGAUUGGGAAUUUGUAGAGGAGACCAUUCCUGGGGUGGGAGUUUCCCCCUGCAGCACAGGGUGUGGGGAGACUUGCAUGAGGAGUAUGCCUUACUCCCUGCUGCAGGAGGUUCUGGGACCAACUGUGUGUGGUUACACAGUGUGUAGGCUACAAAGAAUUUGGGCCUUUUUUUAGAAAAAUUCCCUGCGCUUUCAAGAUGGACCUUACAAGGUUAGAACGGUGGUGUUGUUCGUGAGAUCCCUUGUCUUGGGUGAGUAAACCCCAAGAAUGAACCAAACUGUAGGCCUUUGGUUCCUUUUCAUGGACUUCAGGAAAAGUCGGUCAGGAACACAGAGGGAAUCAGCUGUCCUGCUAUGCGUGAUGGGAUUAGCACAUAUUGAAGAUAAAAAAGUAGCUAAAGAGAAAAUGACUGGUACUGCCAGCAGAACUGAAAAACAGGAAAACAUCAUUGGAGUUUCCCUAUGAUCAGUUGGGUGAUUACUGAUAUCCUUUAUGUUUUAAUGACUUGGGUAUAAAAGUAAAAUUAUCCUGAUUAUGUUUUUCAUCUGUUUUCUGCUGUGCAGAAGCCACUGACAAAAGGGCAAGGCUGGAAGAAUUUGGUACCAUGUGUUAGUGCUCUAAGAUCUUGCAACUAGAUGAGAUUUUUUUGUCUCAGAGGGAAAGUGCCUGUGGUCCAUUUGGUGCACUGCUCUGCUGGUGUGAUUUUGGGGACCUUUGCCUUCUGCCAGCACUGCCUUCAGCACUGAGGGCUCUCCAGAGGGCACCACUUCCCAUGGCAUAGCAGAACCUGAGCAGCAGGACCAGCUCUGCCCCCUGAGCCCAGUGUCACCGAUUGGUCACGGAGUGCAGGGCAAGGGGGGAUGUGUCCUCAGGUGGGCUGUGACAUGGAGUGAUCCUGUGCUCUCUGCUGGUCCCUGGGCAGGUAGUAAGUGAUGACCAGGAUAUGCCACAGUACAGUCAGUAGCACACUGGCAAUGAGGCCUGGAAAACUUCUAGAGGUGAAGAGAGAGUCAGGAAGGGCAAGACUUUUCAGGGGAGAACCUCAUCACCUGGAGCUCCUCUGCUGUCCUGCUGCAUUUCCUGGUUGUUGUGAUGUUAAUUGUGCAACUUCCAUCCCAAAUGAAUACAGGUUUUGUACUUUUAGCACCAGAGGUCUUAAGGAAAAUUGGAGGGACUUGAAUGAAAGAGACGCUGAGGUUACAAGACAGUGUCAAAACUGAAGAGAUACAAGAAUAACUGGUCUCCACAGAAGUAAAACAGAGACAGGGAUGAGUUUAAGGAAACAGCAAGGACUGGCGCGGUAAACCUUCACAGCCACAAGCUCUCACUAAGGCUCAAAGCACAGCAGGUUCCUGCAAACGAUGCAGCAGAAAACUACAGCUGCGGAGCUAAAAUGGAAUAAAUGUCAGCCUCCAGGGAAAGCACCAUCCUGACUGAGGGAGAGGAGACCACAAAAGGACAGGACAGGGGCAGGUUUCAGACCUGAGGAAGCAGACUGAGCAGACGGCAGCACCCUGAGCUCACAACCAGUGGGCAGAGCCAGCCAGUCACCUCCCUGCAGCUGCAGGUCCGUGCAGAAAGCUGACAGAGACGUGGCGUCAGAGGCAGCUCCCACUGAUGCCGGCAGAGACCAGCAAGAUUUGAGCUGCCACUCCACUGAGUUGGGACCAGGUGUGACUCGGGGCAAAGGAGCAAAAACCUGAAAAGACAUUUGAGGGGGCUUUUGCCUGCAUUGUCUGCUGGACUGGAAAGAUGAUGGAGAGCACAGGAGGGCCAUAUCUAAACACAGCUGCAGUGACCUCUCCCGUUGGAAUAGCUCGAUUGCUGCAGAUGACCUUUGGAUGCACCACGUUCAGCCUGGUCGCCCACCAAGGUGGGUUCAGCGCUGCAUACGGCACCUUCUGCAUGUUUGUCUGGACCUUCUGCUUUGCAAUCACCGUGUUCAUCAUCACCUGUGAGUUCACACACCUGCACAGCUGCCUGAGUCUUUCCUGGGGAAACUUCACUGCUGCUUUUGCUAUGCUCGCCACGCUCAUGUCCGUCACGGCCGCAGUGAUCUACCCACUCUACUUCGUCCAGGUGGGCUGUUACCCCAUCGGCUGCGAGGUGAGAGACUUCCGCAUCGCAGCCAGUGUCUUUGCAGGCCUCCUGUUUGUCACGUACGCUGCCGAGGUGUUCUUGACCAGGGCCAAACCGGGACAAGUCACCAGCUACAUGGCCACCGUCUCCGGGCUCCUGAAAAUCGUUCAGGCCUUUGUGGCCUGCAUCAUCUUUGGGGCGCUGGUGAACGAUAGCCAAUAUGGCAAAUAUGUGGCGACGCAAUGGUGUGUAGCUGUCUACAGCUUUUGCUUUGUGGUGACGGUGGUGGUAGUGGCCUUCAGUGUCACAGGUAAGACUGCCUUGCUGUGGUUCCCCUUUGAGCGCUCUGUGGUCAUCUACACCUUUGGGGCCGUGCUGCUUUACGUGAGCGCUGCGGUCAUCUGGCCAGUGUUUUGCUUUGACAGCAAGUACGGCUCCCCGCAACGCCCCAGCCUCUGUGCCAAGGGCAAGUGCCCCUGGGACAGCCAGCUGGUGAUCGCCAUCUUCACCUAUGUUAACCUGCUGCUCUACGUCCUAGACCUGGCGUACUCCCAGCGCAUCCGCUUUGUCUCACACCUCUGAAACGGGUCAGAGCUGUCCCAGCGCUGUGGAGCCGCUGCGGUUGCAGAGGGAUGGGCCGUGAAGCAGGGAGGCACUGGGCAAAACCAUCAGCCAAACUUCAAGGUUAAGACUGACUGCAUUAACGAGUCAAUGACCUGGAGUGGGUGGGCUGCAGCUGACACUAGGCACAGUCCACCUCCCCCAGGGUUCUGCCCCACCUGCCUGGUGCCAGCACGAAGGAAUGACGCAGCUCCACGUGCAUCUGCCGACAGCAGGAAUGCUUGCAGCCAGGGCUACAGGCUACCAGAUUACUGAUCCAAAUAUUAGGAAAGACACCAAGGAUUUUGAAACUGCUACCAGCACUUAACAGGAACCAACUGACUACCCGGGAACUGGGAAAGUUAAAAGCUGCAUCAAGGAACACCAGUCCUGGAGAUGAAAACCAAUCCCUUGGAGUUUGGGUUAGUUUGGGCAGUGUGGUGAGACAUGGAAUGCCUGCAAGUGUGAGCAGUCCCAGUCGGGCCGUUUAUGAGAAGAACAUCAUAGCUGUAAUAGUAUUUUGAACGUUACCAGUCCUUACCCUUCCUCUCCUUCACUGUCUAGCACAGAAAAGGAGUAAACUCAAGCAUGUACCUUGGAGGAGGCCUGGGUAUUAUUUAGCAAACACUAAGUCACUACAGAAAUUAAAAUUUGCAAAGCUGGGGCUCUGCUGCUGAGAAUCAAGGUGCAGAGCAGAGCCAAUCUGCAAAGUGACUGCGUGUGACCUGCUGUCCUUGCUCCAGCAGCACAGAAGGUACCUUAGCACAUGCUCUGUGUUGGUUCAUGGGCUGCUGUUUCUUUAUACUGAUGUCAAGAUUCUUUUUUUCUGGAAGCUUAAAGAUAAAUUCUGGGGAGAUAGGAAAAGGAAGGCAGAGAUUUAUUGAUCUCAUAGUGCUGCACAAGAGACCAAAUUGGGCAGGGAGGGGGCAUGGACAGGACAGGACGUGACAGAACUUGCACACAGUGGUAACAGAUUGGGACCACUGCCCCAGAGCAGCUCAGGUGCAGGAUUCCCAAGCCCUCUGCAUCACUGAGGAGCCACAUGUCUUGGACCCAUUCCUGACAAAACACUCACUUUGAAGUCUAACACUGUUCAGCUCGGAUUUCAGGCUCAAUAGGAAUCUUCAUUUGUUCCAGGGAGAAGCCAGAAUGUCCGAGUGCUUGUGCAGCACAUGCAGACUCAGUGCUUUGAUUAAAAUCUCCAGUAGCUGCCUGUGAGAAGCAAGAUUUAUUUUUUAACCAAAUUAAAAUAAAGCUGAAUGGCAGAUGUACACAUCUCCUGAGAUCUGUAUGCUGUCACCCUGCUCUCCACACUCCCAUUGCAGCAGAGCCCCUCUGCUUUCUGCCCAAAAGCAGCGCUCGAUUUAUUUUGGUGUAUGAAGCCUGAACACAGACCAAGAAAGUACAGACAUGGGACAGCUGAGACCUCUGAGUGGAUUCUUUGCAGCAGAGUCACUCAGGAAAAAGGAAGGAAACUUACUUUUUAUCAGUGCUUUGUGUGGGGUUUGAAAAGCAAAAAGGGAAAACUUGUUGGGACAGAUUAUGUUAGAUAAUUCUGUAGUGAGCAAGGACCAAGCUUAGCAGUGGGAAGCAUUAGUCAGGAAACAGGGCAAGAAUUGGGAUCCAGUAAAAAGGGAAUGCAUGGAAGAGCCUUCCAAGGGGGUUUUCCCUUCUGCAAGUCCCCAUGAAGGGCAGGCAGUCUGGAAGAUGUGGUCCAACAGGAGGCUGCUAAGGCAAGACCCAAGACUAUCUGCUAUAGAUAUAAAUCAGGAGCUUUAUUUCUUGCCACCCAAAAGACUUACAGGUGGUACAAGUACAAAAUGCUGAUUUGGGAGAGGAAAUUCACUCGUGUUGGAGGAGGCAGUUUACAAAGAACCACUGCACACGAAGGGACCUCAAGCCUUUACAAUGUAUUCCUGUUAAACCCACCAAUGUGAACAAAUUAAGCUGUGUCGCUCUUUAAAAUUACUUGUUUUUUGUUAUUACAGAGCACUAAAAGCCAAACAGAUGCCUGUGAAGCACCAUGGCUUCUGUUAUAAAAUUCAACCCUGCAAGCCCAGGCAGGUUGCUUAAGGAAAGCCCUGUCCUACAGGCUCUGGUGUGGCUCAGGAGGCUGGGAGGGCCAGGGAGAGGGUCCCCAGCAGUCAGUGCCUGCAGGCUGGGGGUGCUUGGCCCCAGAUGUGACAUUGCCAGUCGCUAAGGCAAUGGCAACUGUUGGAAAGCCCCUUGGCUGGUAGCUGUGGUUCAGCCAGGCACUGCUGGCUUCUUGCUGGGAAGACUUUACACCAAGUAGGAGCAGGAGCAGCAACAUGAUAAAAUCUGACAAUGACAUGGAGUUGAUGUAACUUACACUGAGCCAGGGACAAAGAAAGGCCAGAGAGAAACAGGUAAGUAGGAAACAACGGGGAUAAAAUUGAAUGCCUUCACAAUGAGGAGAAAAUAGAAUUUAACAUGGAAAUCACGAUCCCACUGACUGGAAGAGUGAAAGACAAGUCAUUGCCAAGAACAGCGUGUUCAGAUUUAGCUUUCUCAUCUGCCAGCCAAAGACCGAGCAAAAAAUGUGAGCAUGGUCAAAAUGGCAAAAAAAGAUUGUGUGGACAACAAUCCUUUAUUUUAGGAGAAAAAAAAAUAAUAAAAAAAAAUCAAAACCUCAUGCUUUAGUGGUUAAAACACUCCCCAACCACUGGAAACUAUGAGAUUGCCCAAUCCAGGGCAGAGGACAUCCAGUAUUUGCUCAGCAGGAUUUACCAAUCAGCUGUGUCAUGAUUCAGUUCAUCAAACCCCCUUCAUUUCCAGAGUGUAUCUACCCCCUUAAUUAAUAGAUAAGGAUCAAGUAGGUCACCGUGAACGGGGCUUCAGGAUACAUCAACCAUCCCCAAGGUUUUUUGGUAAGCUGAUGCCAGGAUGUAUGCGCGUUCAUUGAGCAUUACAGACUUGUGUUUGCAGCCAAUCUCUACAGCGCCCAGAGGAUUCCAGCCUGGACAGAUUGAUAUAAAAAUCUGAAUCGCUAA